ACGCUCUAUCUUCCUCGCAGCCCCGCUCAGGCUCGGUCCUCAGCGCAGAUCUUCUUCCGCACGUCGGCGGCUCCCCCUCGACGGCGUCCAGCGACGGAGGGGCAGUCCCAGUCUCGGCGGCGGCGUCGGCGGCUCCCCCUCCCUCCUCUCGCCAGUCGCCUCGCGCCUUCGCCUCCGUCCUCCGCGCACCGGCCGGCGACCCUGCAAUGGCACUCAACAAGGAGUACACCUACGCGGAGCUGGAGAAGGAGCCAUACUGGCCGUUCGAGAAGCUGCGGAUCUCCAUCACUGGUGCUGGUGGGUUCAUUGCCUCCCACAUCGCGCGCCGCCUCAAGAGCGAGGGCCACUACAUCAUCGCCUCUGACUGGAAGAAGAACGAGCACAUGUCCGAGGACAUGUUCUGCCACGAGUUCCACCUCGUCGACCUAAGGGUGAUGGACAACUGCCUCAAGGUCACCACGGGGGUUGACCAUGUGUUCAACCUCGCGGCUGAUAUGGGUGGGAUGGGGUUCAUCCAGUCCAACCACUCUGUGAUCAUGUACAACAACACCAUGAUCAGCUUUAACAUGCUUGAGGCUGCUAGAAUUAACGGUGUCAAGAGGUUCUUUUAUGCAUCAAGUGCCUGCAUCUACCCUGAAUUUAAGCAGUUGGAAACUGUAGUUAGCUUAAAGGAGUCAGAUGCUUGGCCUGCUGAGCCUCAAGAUGCUUAUGGCUUGGAAAAACUUGCUACUGAGGAACUGUGCAAGCACUAUACAAAGGAUUUUGGCAUUGAGUGCCGGGUCGGUCGCUUUCACAACAUAUAUGGUCCCUUUGGAACAUGGAAGGGUGGAAGGGAGAAGGCGCCUGCUGCUUUCUGCAGAAAGGCUUUAACCUCCACUGGGCACUUUGAGAUGUGGGGCGAUGGCCUGCAAACCAGAUCCUUCACAUUUAUUGAUGAAUGUGUUGAAGGUGUCCUUAGGUUAACAAAGUCUGACUUCCGUGAGCCUGUAAACAUUGGAAGUGACGAAAUGGUGAGCAUGAACGAGAUGGCAGAAAUAGUCCUGAGCUUUGAGAACAAGCAGCUGCCCAUCCACCACAUUCCUGGGCCGGAGGGUGUGCGUGGGCGCAACUCGGACAACACACUCAUUAAGGAGAAGCUUGGCUGGGCUCCGACUAUGAGGCUGAAGGAUGGGCUGAGGAUCACCUACUUCUGGAUCAAGGAGCAGCUUGAGAAGGAGAAGGCUGAGGGCAUGGAUCUGUCGGUAUACGGAUCAUCCAAGGUCGUGCAGACCCAGGCCCCGGUUCAGCUUGGCUCCCUUCGUGCCGCUGAUGGCAAGGAGUGAACUUCGACUGCGCGCCAGUCAGUUGCCUGAGGCUCAGACAACAUGAUAUACCAGUAUACACAGUGGUUUCAGUUUCCAUGAUUUGUAGUCACCACCUAUACACCAUUUCUUGAUUCACUUUUGACUCCACAAGAGGAUGGUUUGGAUGAUGGAUAUUUUGUUGGCAAUUAGGAGAUUCAGUUCAAAUUUGAACUAAAUACAAAAAAAUUCUGACAAAAUAGCCAUCGUCCAAACACAUAAUAAUUUCCAUGUUUCUUUUUCUUUUCUGUGUCUGUACAAUAGCGUAUUAAAGAGGUACAACGCUUCUGUAAACUGGUGUCAUUUUAUUUCACAAAAAUAGCAAUGAAUAAAUUAAGGUUCAGCA